CAAAUGUCAUUAGCAUAUUCCUGACUAUAUCUAAUGCCUGCGCAAAGACGCGCCACUACUACUGCAACGCACGGACCAGAGACAUUUCAGGCUCCCGCUAGCACUUGGACAACCUGCAACAAUGAGUGAGAAGCCCGACGUUUCAGAGGUGACCAACUUCGACAAGUCCAAGCUGAAGAAGAUAGAGACGCAGGAGAAGAAUCCCCUGCCUUCAAAAGAGACCAUUGAACAGGAGAAGGCAGCGGAGAAGUCGUGAAGCCCCUCCCUCCAGUCAUGCACUGUACACCCCCCCCUCCUCCUGCAUUGCCUUGUUUUUAUUCACUUCUUUUAGCUGUAUAACUUUGUAACCCAAAUUAUAAAAUGACAACAAUAACCAAGCUGCACAGCCUGUGGCCAGACGAUGCCUUCAUCGGGGCAGUCAGCCCCGUCCCCCCCCCAGCGGCUACCACCUUCACCUUCACGCUCGUCUGUCUGUCAAGGAGAUGAGGAAGAUGUGUCUGAGGCGGAAAGGGGCAGGGAGCUGCAGAAGACGGUCCUAAAAGUGCACAUCUCUUUCACACAACCUAAACCACCCAUAUCAACAUGCAGCGGAGAGGUCUGAGGGUUGGGGCGUGGCCUACGUCCCAGGAAGCUCAUCACCGUCUCACCAAAACCACCUACACCCAACUUCCUGUGUGACUGCUUUUACGCCAAAGCUGAGGCGUCAGGCUUCUUAUAUUUUUAGGUUUUGUCUUCUAAUUUUCAGAAAUGCACAACUUGUUUGUAGGCUGGCCAAAAUAUAAAUGCUCCAAACAUUGAUAUUGCUUUUUUUUCUUUUAUAUGUACACAAGGAUAAGAGCGUAACGGAUUCCAUCUAGAUCUGGGGGAUCCUCAAAUGGACCUUGUUUCAGGUUUAAUUGUACCUUGACCCUUUUUGUCAGAUUGAUUCAAGAUCGCUUUUGUGUUGCACUCUGUCUCUGAAUUGUGUCAAAUGAGGAAAAGGAAAAAAAUGUCGACAAUUGAUAUGUUUUUGUUUUAAUCAAAAUCCUUUGGAGUUUUGUAAAGUCCCAGCAAUCAUGUUACUCUGCCACAAACCAUUAUCAGAAAUGGAAAACCGUGAAAUGUUGUAAUAAAACAGAAUUUGUUAC